AUGGCUUCGAAAUUCUUCCCCGCCGUCCCUCGGGUCGGUCGUCAGUUCUUCCAGCGCGCCCCCAAGACUCAAUGCAGACCGUUCUCGGCUGGUCCGCAACGUUGCAGCGACUCCCUUUCCGUGCACCGCAACAAGCCUACCAACAACCCGAGCAUCCCGUUCACGUUCAACGAGCAGAACCAACGAUUGAUCGAUGAGAUCCUCAAGCGCUAUCCUCCCCAGUACAAGAAGGCCGCCGUCAUGCCUCUCCUGGAUCUGGGCCAGCGUCAGCACGGCUUCACCAGCAUUAGCGUCAUGAACGAGGUCGCCCGCCUCCUGGAGAUGCCCCCCAUGCGUGUCUACGAAGUCGCUACUUUCUAUACCAUGUACAACCGUGAGCCUGUUGGCAAAUACUUUGUUCAGCUUUGCACAACGACGCCAUGCCAGCUCGGAGGCUGCGGCAGCACCAAGAUCCUUGAAGCUAUCCAGGAACACCUCGGCAUCACCCCCGGACACACCACCGAGGAUGGACUCUUCACCUUGCUUGAAGUCGAGUGCUUGGGCGCCUGUGUCAACGCCCCUAUGGUCCAGAUCAACGACGAUUAUUACGAGGAUCUUACUCCCGAGUCCAUGAAGACUCUCCUCACCGCACUCAAGGAGUCCGCGACUGCCACCGACGCCGGCAAGACCGUCCAGAUUCCUGCCCCUGGCCCAAUGAGUGGAAGAAACACCUGUGAGAACAGCGCCGGACUGACAAACCUAAAGAACCCUGUGUGGGAUCCGGAGACGAUGAUGAGAAAGGACGGUGCUUUGGACCAGCCUCAGCAGCAAUAA